AUAGGAUUUAGGUUUGCUCUUUGGUGUGAACAACAAUUGAGGCCAAUUUUUUGGAGAGAGAGUUUGGCUUUGCCAAAAAACUGCGGUGAACCUUCUUCAUCACAGCCUUGUCGCCCCUCCCCCUCCUCCAGCCAACGCGGAAGUGAAACCGAUGUAAGAGACGCAGCUGCCCGUCUCCUCCCCGUCAUACCUCGUCCGUCUCCCCUCCAGGUGACCGUCUACCUGUCUACCUGUCCACCUGUCUACCUGUCCUCAUGGCGAUGUCCACUUUCCAGAAGGUGACGCUAGCGACGUGUCUGGUGCUGUGCGUCGCGCUGCUCCUUCCCAAGCUGCUGCUGUCCGGAGGCAGGAGGGAUGCUGCGGAGGGUUCAGGUCGCUUCCCCUCAAUGAUGCAACGUCAGGCGGCUCCGGAGGGUCGAGGCCAGAGGGCCGCGAGCUCCGGCUUCUCCAGAGCCCACAACACCGAGGCCAUAGCCAGGGCUAAAGGGGCAGGAACAGGGGCGGGAACCGGGGGCAAGUCCAACCUGGCAGGACAGAUCAUCCCCGUGUACGGCUUCGGGAUCUUACUCUACAUCCUCUACAUUCUGUUUAAGAUCACAUCUAAAGGGAACAACAAGCCUUCAGAGAACAGGUUUCCUUCGGUUCGUGCGGAGAACAAGAAGAGAAAGAUCACUGACUUUGAGUUGGCUCAGCUGCAGGAGAAACUGAAAGAAACAGAGUUGGUGAUGGAGAAAAUAGUUUCCAACGUCAACCACAGUCCUGACAGGAUGAAGGGCGUGACGGCGGAUCAGGAGGAGAGUCUCCUGCAGCAGCUGACGGAGAUAACUCGGGUGAUGCAGGAGGGCCAGCUGAUGGAAGAACUGGCACCAGAGAAGAAGAGCCAGGAGGACUGGGAAGAUUACCCAGAGGAGCCUCAGCAGCAGUGGGAACACUCUCACUGCAGUUGUCAUCACAGUCAGCAGCACCAGAGUCCACAGACGGAGACAGAGACGGAGACAGAGAGGACACAAGCCGAUGGAGCCGACCUGGAGGAGGACGUUCCCGAGGAGGUCGCGGGUGGAGGAUCGGCUGCUGACGUAGCAGAGGACCCGAAUAAAGAGAGAGAAUCUGAUAUCACAGCGGUGAGUGAGGAGGAUGUGGAUGAACGGAAAGAGGGAGCGGGUAAAAUGGAGCCGGAUGUCCCGGAGGAAGAGUUGGCUGGAGUCCUGGAGGAGCUGGAGCUCACGCUGAAGAUGACGUCAGCGAUGGAGCAGGAGAAGGUGGAGGACCUCACCAGGACCACGGAGACAGAAGCUUCAGGCAGCGCCGUCCGACGGAGGAACAAGAGGAGGAGAGCAAAGAAAGCGUCGCACUGAGUCCGACGUGACGGCGCGUGGACUCCAGCGCGGCGUUUGUGAGGACGGCUUCUUCUUUUUAAUCUGUUCUCAUCAGAGCGGUCGGGUUAGUCCGCCUCGUUUAUCUGGACUUAAAGUAAAUAAGUACGUUUUCUAGGACUGAUAUCAGCUUCAUCAAGGAAAAAGUAUAGUCUUAAAUAUUUCUUAAGAAAAAAACAAGGUCCUAAUUUAUAAAACUCUCACAAUCAAAUACUUAAUAUCAGCUUGCAAAAUGCAAAUAUUUAUAAAGUUUUUUAUUUAACAUUAAGAUGCUUCCAGGUGAAGAUAAGAUGUCAAAAUGUACGGUGAACACAAACACAGUAAUUAUUAUUUAUUGUAUUUCAUGUCUUUUUGCACAAUUAUUAACCUCUUUUCCUCUAAAAUUAUUUUACGUUGUAUAAUCAAGUGCUAGAAUUAGAGGUGGUUUUAAUAUUCAUAAAUGAACAGCAAACCCUUUUUAAAAGAUGACAAAUUCUACAAAUGAAUACAUUUUGAAAACGGAACAAAGAAGAAAUUUGUAAAGAAAGGAAACACCGACGACAUUUUAUGACAUUACUUUCACAACUGUUAAGUUAGUAGGAUGAUUUAGCCUUUUCUCAAGAUUUAUUAUUAUGAUUUGAAGGCAUCACACAGUGUAACUGGAGCUUCUAUGCAGACGGCGCUAGAUAUCAAGGCCCGUUUUCAUCUGUUCGGAUGCUCUUUGGGUGCGCUCGAAUGAAUGAUGGCCGAUAUACAACAGAAGGUUUUCAAAUAGAAAGUAUUUGCCUCAAAUCAAUCAUCCUCUUGUUCUCUGAUCGAGCUCCAGCUGACCAGAUGUGACUGUGUUUAUGUUGGACUAAUGAUAUGACUGUCAUGUCCUCUUUUAACUCUUAGCUCUUUUUCAGGACACGUGUUCAACUUCCUGCAACCUUUAUGUCCAAGAUGAACAUUUUUCUGAUGAGACAAUUAAUGCACUGUACUAACUUAAAGAAAAGAUGUCCUGUCUUCCCGUCCAGUGUUUGAUGGAGAAAUCUCUUGUCUUCGGUACCGAUAAAGUUUUAAGCUUUUAAAAAACCUGUAGUGUUUUAAAUUAUUUAGAUUUUUACUUUUAUAAACUGAAUUUAUUUAUUUACUGUUUAAAAAAAAAAAGCACAUGUGCAUGCAGAUUAGGGAUUUAAAAUAAUGUGGAGAAACUAAAUAAAAUGUUCUGGGAACUUUACCUACUCGAGGCUUUUAUUUAUUAUUAUCAAGAUCAAUGUUGUGAAACUCAGUGGCUCCGACUCUUUAAGCUCUCACCGUUUGUUACAUGCAAUGUUG